AUGGGAGUUUCUCUGAAGCAGUCACUAGGCUUUUUUAUUGGACUUCUUUCUGGAACAAGCUUAAUUUUGAAUGUUCUUGCACUGAUCGCAGUGUUUCGUUUGGCUUUUAUUGUUCGAAAAAAUCAUGUUUAUAUCAUUACAUUCUUUAAUAUUUUGUCAAAUGUUAUUCAAAUGGCAUUGGCAACAUUUUAUCUGGCGCCGACCAUAAUCACAAGUUCCUUCCUCGUCAGUACCGAAAAGAAGAGCAAGUGGACAUUAGUUUUCGGCUCCGCUUUUUUGUUUUUCUGGUAUUUCGAAACAUUUACUCAAAUUGUGAUGGCACUCAAUAGAUAUUUGGUGAUUUGUCUGCAAAAACAUCAUAUCUUCACCACUACAACAACCAUACUCAUUUUCUUGUUUCUCAUUCCAUUUUCAUUUGGACUCAUGUACAACUCACAGUACGUGAAUCCUUGUUGUUCAUUUCUGUUUGACCAAGAAUAUCUUUCUUACUCCUAUUACACAUUGGACGGUGUGACAAACUAUUCCGAUGAAUUUGAUAUACCUCUAAACGCUAGCAGCUCGAUAAUUUCUGGGUUAUGCUAUAUAAAGAUUUUUUGGACCCAACAUAAAUCAUCACCGAUAUGCCCAACGUUUGCUGCCGAGCAACUCAAACGGAGAAGAAAAAAAGAUAUCAGAUACGCUAUACAGUUUAGUCUCACAUUAGUUUUCUACAUUUUCGUCUGGGUAUUUCUGCGCGUACUUCCCGUAAUGCUUGAAAAUCGUCAUGUUGAAUGGUUUAUCUUGGUUCCAUUUUUCUACACAGUUAACUGUUCUUCAGCAGCUAUCAUUAACAUUGGACUCAACAAUGAAGUUCAAAAGAACUUACUUCCCAAAAGCAUAUAUCCUCUUCUUCAACAUUUUGGCCUUACACGGUUCGACGCUCCAACAAUCAACGCUACUCUAGCAUCUGUGACAAUUCAAUCAAAGCCGUCUGUGUUACCAGUUGCUAUUCGGUUCAUUCCUACAAAUCAACACCAACCUUUCCGUUCAAUUGGAGUUAUAAGAGACUAA